GGCGCGCGCAGGCGGGCGGCGGCGCGCACACGCGGCGCCCCGACGGCAGCGGCGGGUACGCGCCCGGGGGGAGCUCGGCCCUCGGAGGGGCGCAGCUGCCGCCUCCAGCGCCCGGGCUUUGCUCUUCCCACUCCUCUUUUCUUUUUUUUUUUUUUUUUUUUUUUUGCCUUUUUCCCCCCCUUUUUUUCCCCCCCUCCCCUCCCGGGACUGGAAGCAGGAUCCGCGUCCCCGGAGCUGCUAUGCCAACUGAACUCUCCCGGGCCGUGGGAAUGCACGCCAUCUCCGACCUCCACUCCCCCCUCACCCUGCGGCUCCUCAACAAGGGGCCCGAGUACCUCCGCAGGCAGAUGGAGGCGGGCAGCCCGGGCAGGAGAAGCGCCGUGGAGAGGCUGGCGGCCGAUAAGGCCAAGUACGUCAAGAGCCGGCGGGCGAUCGGCGCCGAGCCGGACCCCGUCCUCGUCCCGAGCUCGGCCUCGGAGAGCGGCAGCGAGACCCGCUCGGUGGAGGGCAAGGGCGGCGGCGGGGGCUUUGGCCGCGGGAAGGGCGCGAAGCCCCUGGAGCUGGGCGCCCGCCGCGCCCCCCUGCAGCACGGCCCCCCCAUCGCCAGGCGCGGCACCCCCAAGAGGCAGCUGCGGCCGGAUUCCCUGGUGAUUUACCGCCAGAAGUGCGAGUUCGGGAGAGGUCAGGGCCAGGACGGCUCACGGGGGAGCCUGGUGAGGCGGAUCUUCCAAGGGUCCGUAAAGGAGAAGCGGCCGGCUUCCCCGGAGAUGCCCGGGGUGAUGGAGGACGCCGCAGCCGCCGAGGGCGAAGAGCCUCUCUGGGCCGAAGACGGUGACCGUCAGCCGGGCGGCCGCGGAGCGGAGCGAGCCGCCGCCGCCGUGGGCAGCAGAGCCCCGGGGGCAGGGUGCCCGAAAGAGCGCGAGAGGCCCUCAGGCCCGAGCACGCCUCCCGAGGAGGCCGAGGAGGUGAAGAGGAGAGGUCUCCAUCGCUCCCAGUCGGACAUCAGCUCUCGCUACUCCAAGUCCUUCUCCGAGUUCGACACGUUUUUCAAGUACUGCGGCCUGGAGCAGGAGGUCAUCGAGGACCUCGGGAGAGAGAACUUCUCCGUGGUGUCCGACAACGUCUCCUUCAAGAUCCGCAGCAUCAGCGUGGCGACGUCCGAGAGCGACUUCACGAGGCACAGCGGGGAUGAGGGGCUGCUGGAGGACGAACUCACGGAGCAGGUCCCGAGCAGCACCUCCGUGAUCGAGCGCAACGCUCGGAUAAUCAAGUGGCUGUACACGUGUAAGAAAGCCAAGGAGACGAACAAGGUGAUCCAGGAACUGGCAUGAUGGCUUCUUUCAGCGUGCAUUGCAGCCUGGUGAACUUAAGAAUCCUUGACUUGGAAGUUGAACAAAACCAGACGCAGGAAGAAACUCUUCCCUCAUCUGGCUCAUGACUAUUUUGUCCAAGUUUAGUAUUUUUAUUAUUGCCUCCUACCCUCACCCCCAUCCCCUGGCAGCCUCGCUCUUGUCACAAGCGCAGGGGUGUCCCAGAGCGCGAUGACAAGCGGAGAUUGUGAACCGUGCCCCAGCGAGGCAGCAGGAAACAAAAGCUCCGGGAAAAGCGAAGCGUGGCAGCAGCUGCCAUCCACAAUAAUGUUCAGCAUCAGCUCACGGCCCCAGGAUGCCAGUCCGGGCUGUGACAGAAGCUCCGUGUUGUGCACCGGUCUCUUUCCAGCAAUGAAUUUGUUGACAGGGAUGGGGGGAGAAAGUGGGAACGAAGUGGCAAUGACCUUUGGGUCAGGCGUUUCCUUGCAGGCAGACAGGCUCCACCCGCACGUUCAAAGGCUCUGUCUUACCAGGGCUGUUUGACCAGGGCUCAUCCUGACAUCUUUAGACAUUAUUUGCUUGGCUGGUGAGGACUAACUGUGGCAGCUUUAUCUGGGAUACUUGGCAAACAUGUUGUGAGCUAAAUCCCUGCCAAGCCUCUCUUUCUCUGAGAGCGUUCAAGCCAAAUUGGAGUACCUUGUAUCCGUCUAGUUUGCUCCGUCACACAGCUUGCUCAGCCAGUGGGGAGGAAUAGCCUUUAAAACCCUGCCCAAAAUACUUCCAGGAGCAUGGUUCCAAGAAACAGGUAGUCAAAAAUGAGGGAGGGUUUUGCACUGUUACCGCCUUGCUGCAGAACAGUACAAUUCACAUGUACAUAGGCUCCUCCACUUUGUUUGCCAUAUGUCCCCGACUGUGGCAUUGCAAACAUUGCAAGGUUUGGCAGCUUGUGGUUUAACACCUUUAAUUUUAUGCACUGUGAGUGAGCAGUGGGCUUACAGGAUCACAUUAGGAAACUAUCCCAGGCUAUGUAAGGCCACACUUCCCUAGCACGGGUCUGGAGUAGGGCUGUGCUUGGGAUGUGCAGGACGGCAUCCCUGUGCUGCAAGGCAAGAAGGCAUGUCAGGGCACAGCCGUGCCAGGUAAAUGUCCUGAUGGCAUGAGUCCCCAGUGUAGAUAGCACGUACUCAAUAUCAUCAAUAAAGGGCUUCAUUUGGACUGGCCAAGCUAAAUGUGUUUUAAAAGCUGAUAAAAAGUACUUUGGAUCAUCAGUGUAGUGAAUGAGGCCUCUAGAAUAACUCAUGGAAUUUGCUGGCUGUGCCUCAGUCACUUACCCCAAUGUCAUUGCUCGCUAGAAAAUGCCUUGCCCCAAAGCAUUUCUUUGUGGACAUUGCAAACCACAAAAAAAUGCAAAAAAAAAACGCAAACCCCAGUCCAAGCCAAAGCCAGUUUCCCUUUCAGUUGCACCGAUGCCCAUCUGUGAUAGCUGCCCCGCUGGCGUAACAGUGACUUGACCUGAGGGUCCUGCAGAGGUUAAAAGUUUGCUUUGUGUUACCAUGGAUUUGGUGGCCUGGUGUCCGGCUUACCUGGCCACCGGACCCGCAGUGUGAGGAGCACAGAAACGCCGGUUUUCAUUCUCCGCAUUCCUCCUGCCCGCACUGCAGCAGCUCCCACUGCUGCCUCUCCUGGCCCAAAACAGCUGCCGGCGCAGCCGGGUGCAUGCCGAGCUCAAGUGAGCACUCGAGCUGCGUUUCUCAAGUGUUUGCUGCUCUCAGUAAAUACAUCUGGAGGAGCAGAAAGGGUGAGGGUGAGCGUUGGGGAUUCAGUAAAACAUUGGCGGUAGGAGGAACGGUUGCCUAUUUUAACCUACGCCAACGUUGCGCACUGGAAGAGCCGCCCUUGAAGUGCUCAUCAAGCUGUUUAGUUGACAUCAGUUAAAUUCACAGAAAGAUCAUCCAGGUUGCAUUUCCAUAUGUUUUAAAUGGGCUUGUCAGUCCCUGGAUGGUUAGUUCUCAAUUACAGCAACCGUUUGGGAAUGCAGGGCAUUUGUCUUCAUUUUCUAGUGCUAUGCACUAAGGUCUACAUGUCUGAAGUUGUCGAGAUAGAUGGAUAACAAUUCCAGAUAAAAUAAUUGUUAAACCCGCUUUCCACCUGGGAGAAAACUAAGUAGUUUGCAUGAGUGAGCUUCUGCAAACUUAGAGGGAAGGUAGCACAUGGGGAUAUUUUUGUUAAAUAAUGAAAUUUCCAUGUGUAUUUGUUACAUUAUUAUCAAAGGAUGAUUCUUAGAAAACUGCAGCCCAAGAUGCUGCUAAUAUGAUAAGAUUUAUGCACUUACAGUGCAGGUUUUUAAGGGAUGCAGUCUAGGUUUAUUAGUCAGGAACACAACCUGACGUAUCUGUUCUUUUCAUGCUCACUUUGCAAGGUGCUAUACCACAUAAAUAUUUAUAUGCGUUUGUCAGAGCUAAGGACUGCUUUUCUUUGAAAAUGCGGAUGACUGUAGACAGCUCAGAGUGCAGCAAAAAUCUUUUACGUUACAAAUCAGUGCCCCGCCACAGGAGAAAAGAAUUGUUUGGGUUUUUUUCCAAGGAAAUUUUUUGUUUCAUUUUCACACUUCUGUUUGUUUUUGCUCUUUUAGUUGAGCAGCUCUUGAAAGUUAAGAUGAAAGAUGGGUUGGUCAUGAGUUUUCAAUGUUCAGAAGGAAUAUGUUUAAUUAUCUUGAAAGUACUGAACAUCAGCCUUUCUCAAAAUCGAUGAAGGUUUUAUGGCAGAGGUUAGUGAAAUCAGAACUGGCCCCAUUCUGAAUAUUUUUUUAAUCCUCCUUUUUGUCUUUAUGAACGGUUCAGUGGGGUUGUGGUGACUUUCCACACUGAUAUGUGGCAAAAUUUCCCUGGCUUUGUUCAAACUGAUAGGAACCCCAAGCUCUCCCAGGUAUCAUUCGCUUCAGAGACAAUGUGGACCUAAGAUCUUUGCCUGAUAAGCUAUAGAUUCCCUUUAUAUAAUAAUACCUUCUGGGUAAGCUAAUAACCUACCUUUCCCAGUAUGCCAGAACAACAGUAGAUGACAAUCCUUCUUUCUCCAUACAUCUUGGGAAUGGGUAAUUCAGUGUUUUUUCAAAAAGUGGGAGCUCUGGGCUUCACUCAGCUCCUGUUACUGUUACAUGUAAAGGCUUUUCCUUCCUUCUGCUGGGUCUUUCAGUCAUAUCUCUCAAAAUGAGAAAAACUCACUAAUGUUAGUCACUACCUAUCUCCCCCCAAUUCUGAAGGGGUUUUUUUACUAUUUGAUUAUAAAAGACAUGCUUUGGAAGCUUUUCAGCUUUAGUGAUAAACUGUGGUAAAGUGGGCCAUUGCGGUAUGAACAGAAGUUUCAGCAACGGAGUUGGGUUUCCAGUCUUUUGGGAAACCUAAAACUGGGGCUGAGGGCAAAGGCAAGUCAUAAAUUGAUUUUGUUUGACUAGAACUGUGUAAACUAAAAUAGUCAAAUGUGGUGCAAGUGUGCAGUGGUAACUGCUAUUUAGACCAAAGUGUUUCAAGGUGCUCCAAUGGUGUGACAAGGGGCAAUGUCCACAGCAGUAGUGUAACAGGCAAAAGGUACAAAGUCUGGUUUUUAUGGCCUGGAAGCAAGUAUUUGCAAUAAAGGCAUCAGAUAGAGACUGUAAUCUUUGCAAUAUAUUGUAAAUAUUACUGUACAGAAAUCUAUAAGUAAGAAAUACAGAUUGUUCUAUAUAUGUAUAUUACUUUUCUAAGGGAUAUAAGCCCUGGUGUAUUGUGAAAUCGGCCAAACAUUACAUCGAUGGGUAUUAAGCAGAAACUUUCUCCUGGGAGCCGGUUGUCCUGUCAUUGCCUCCUGUGAAGUUUCUUGCAUCUGCUUUUGAUUCCUUUGAAAUGGAGUACUGGUCAGAUCUGGUAUGGAUGUUUCUAAGUUGCUAUGUUUAUAUUCCUGUGAAAGAACCUGUGUGCUCUUGAAUGCAUACAAAUAAAACUACCACUCUGAAAGUUAA